CCCCGUCCAUGAAACAAUGUACAUUAACUGCCCGGUCCCUCUUGCCAGAAAAUUAGCCACGCGAGGCGAAAGGUCCGAGACGCUCCGUCCGAGACGCAAAGCGGGACAAAAGGGGCAGAUCUCCGGUGGGGCGAUACGUGUUUGGUCCUGGGCUCUCACCCUUGAGUACACUCAGAACCAGAGAGGAGUGAGAGAGAGCAAGGGGAGACCAUGGAAGUAGAGGCUAUACUCGCUGCACUGAUCCCUUCUUGGAGCUCCGUCAUUCUCCUGAUCUUCUACUUGGGCUACCUGGCGGUAGCUGGAUUUAUUCUUCCCGGCAAGGUUGUCCCCGGAGCCAUUCUGUCAGACGGCACAAGACUCCACUACCGGUGCAAUGGUCUGGUAUCAUUAUUGAUGCUGCUGGCACUCCUGGGGACUGGAGUUUACAUGAAAUGGAUAUCUUCUACGGUCAUAGCAGACAAAGGAGUUGAGCUACUGUCAACAACCUUUAUAUUCAGCCUCUUUGUUUGUUUGGUACUGUAUGCUGCUGGCUUAAAGUCCUGUAGUCAGUGUUCCUCUUUGAAACCACAUGUCACAGGAAACUUUAUUCAUGACUGGUGGUUUGGCGUACAACUCAAUCCCCAUUUUAUGGGAAUUGACCUCAAAUUCUUUUUUGUCAGAGCUGGAAUGAUGGGAUGGUUAUUAAUCAAUCUCUCUUUAUUGGCGAAGAGCUAUCAAACUGGCACUGCAAACCUUUCAGUCAUCCUUUACCACCUUUUUUGUGCGUUGUAUAUUACAGACUACUUCUUCUAUGAGGAAUUCAUGACCUCCACGUGGGACAUUAUUGCAGAAAGGUUGGGCUUUAUGCUGGUCUUUGGAGAUCUAGUUUUCAUCCCUUUCACAUUUAGUAUUCAGGGUUGGUGGCUUUUGAAAAACAAAGUGGAGCUACCAAAGGUUGCAGCGGUAGCCAAUUGCUUGACUUUUAUUAUUGGUUAUCGAGUAUUCAGGGGAGCCAACAAGCAGAAACAUGUUUUUAAGAAGAACCCUAAAGCUCACAUAUGGGGUAAACAACCAGUAGUUAUUGGAGGAAAGUUGCUUGCUUCCGGUUACUGGGGUAUUGCCAGACAUUGCAAUUACCUUGGAGAUUUACUGCUGGCACUUUCUUUCAGUUUGCCUUGUGGGGCAAGUUCUGUGAUUCCGUACUUCUAUCCUAUCUACCUUCUUAUUCUACUUAUAUGGAGGGAGAGGAGAGACGAAGCAAGGUGUUCACAGAAGUACAAGGAAGUCUGGGCAGAAUAUUGCAAGUUGGUUCCAUGGAGGAUACUACCGUUCGUGUAUUAGAAGUAUUUGCUCUUUGUUAGUGCAUGCUCAACAAACAGAAUACUUUCAGAAGACAGUUGCACCAGAUGACCCAUGGUCGUUUUCAGAAUACUUUCAGAAUACUUGCAAGUUGUUAGGGUUCUCGUAGAAUAAGCAAAAGAAUUUCAAUUCUCUAAUCUGUGAUGCUGCUUCUGUUCGAGCUCUUCAAAUAUAUAAUCUGACACCUUGUGGCCUCGAAUGUCUGCUUAUGAAUUUGCAUUUUAAUUUUCAACAUAAUACGAUGCCAUUCCAGAAUUCUGAACCUUUACAAGUGGAAACUUCUCUUUGUUCUUUCUUCCA